AUGGCAGGAGGGGGUAAAAAUAUCGCACGUUCUGGCAGCACUGGUCGCAAGUUGCGACACUCACUGCCUGGAGCUGUUGGCGAUCAGUCACCUUUAAGAUCAGCCAUACAUUACACAAGUCAGGUUACACCUGAAGUGUUGCCAAUUUUUUUAGCACCACUUGAAAAUCAUACAGUGACACAGGGACGUGACGUAUUUUUCACAUGUGUCGUUAAUCAUUUACACUCUUACAAGGUUGCAUGGAUAAAAUCCGACUCAAGGGCAAUACUAGCGAUACAUACUCACAUGGUAACACAUAAUCCCCGGCUAUCAGUAACACACAAUGGACAUGACACAUGGAAAUUACAUAUUGCCAAUGUACAAAAAAAUGACUCUGGUACUUAUAUGUGUCAAGUCAAUACCGAUCCGAUGCGUAGUCAAAUGGGAUACAUGGUUGUACAAAUACCACCGGAUAUAAUGGACGACGAUUCAACAGACGGUUACGUGACAGGCGAACGAGGAAAUAUAAAAUUGCGGUGUGUGGCUAUGGGUAUUCCACAGCCGACAGUUACGUGGCGGAGAGAAGAUGGCAGAAAUAUUACUCUCAGAGAAGAGGGUAGAGAAAAAAUUUCUGUAAAAAGUUUUGAAGGUGAAACAUUAAAUUUAACUGGAAUUUUGCGUAGUGAGAUGGGUAAUUAUUUAUGUAUCGCAAGUAAUGGAGUCCCGCCAACGAUAAGUAAGCGUUACAAUGUACAAGUACACUUUCAGCCACUAAUAAAAGUAACAAAUCAAUUAGUGGGCGCCCCAGUUAAUCGUAAUGUUACAUUACAAUGUACUGUUGAAGCAUCGCCACGUGCUAUGAAUACAUGGUAUCGUGAUAAAGGUGACAAGUUAUUACCAAGUAUUAAAUAUACAAUGUCAGAGUCGGCAUUAAAUGACUACACAUGGCAAAUGAAUUUAACGAUACAUAAUUUAGAUAAAAAAGAUUUUGGUGGGUAUGCAUGUGCAUCUGUGAAUGCACUGGGGCGUGCUGAGGCGUCAGUGCGAUUGCAAGAAUUAGAAUUAGCAACAGAAACAACACCAGGUCCUAUUUCACGCAAUACCGACGCAAAAGUACGUAAAAAAAUCAACAGUAAACAAAAAUCAAAUCGUCGCCCCAAUAACAUUCACGACGACUGGGACAAUAAUAAUUUAAGCAGUAAUAAUAAUAAUAACAACAACAACAAUAAUAAUAAUAAUAAUAAUGAUAAUAAUAAUAACGACGAGUAUGGUACAACGCAGAUAAUGGGAGGUAAUACUCAAGUACAUCGUACAGAACGACCAUUAAUUUCACCAUCACUGUCACCUCCAUGGGUGAUACUUGUUAGUCAUACGCAAAAAUUAUCCUCUUGUAUAUCUAUUACUUUAUUAUUCCUUUUUUUAGUCUUCGUAGUUCAUUAA